UUUAGCCUCAUUCCUGUAAUGGCUGCUUCCUGUCCGGUAACGUAAGAGGCCGGACCCCAAGCAUCCGUAGCUGCUGCCUCAGCUGCCGCAGCGCGGGGUACUGCUAGAGAAAGGUACCACGAAGGGAAGCCCCGGGACCCUCAGCCACGAGGGAGAGCCCCCCCCCGCACCGCGCCUGCCAUAACCCGGCCCUGGGAUACUAGCCUUGAUUAUUUUCCUUCAGCCCUCAAGAUCCAGGCAACAUGGCCUCCGUUGGGGACCUCUCCAAAGUGGUCCUGGUCCUCCUCUCGCUGCUCUGUGUGCUGCCUGUUGUGGAAGCAGUAGAAGCUGGAGAUGGCAUAGCGCUUCUGUUGGGCAUGUUUCUCAGCCUUACAGGCAUCUGUGCCUGUUUGGGGAUAUAUGCCAGAAAGAGAAAUGGACAGAUGUGACUUUGUGGGGGCUGGGGUCUCCCAAGUCAAACAUGGACCUGAAAACCUCUCUGUGUUUGAGAUUUCAAACUGAGAAAUCAGUUUCUUAAACGUCAAGGUCCAGAUAGUAAGCAAAUGGUUAUUUUCUAUGGAAGAUGUUGCCUUAACAUGUAAAAGCUGCUUUAUGUAAAAAUGGAAGGAGGGGCCAUUUUAUUCACAUUCAGUAUAAGCUUCGAGGUUCACCGGGUGUGACCAUUGGCCAAUAACUUGUAAAGACUUGAUAGGAUGAAGGGGUGGAGGGUGUUGUCAAAGAAUAAAACAACUAUCAUUUAACCUAAUGAUGUUUCAUGGCUUCUGACGUAAUGAAGAUACAGGAAAAAGGAACUGCCUGUUUAAAAUUGUUGGAUGUCAGAUAUUUUCUGUACCCCAAUAUUAAGAGGAAUGGAGGGAUCCUUGUUCUGUAUAUCAAAAAAUUUGUCUAGUUUGUAGCCCCAGAUAAAUACUACAGUUAAACAUCAAAGUUCACCUGGUAGGCAUUUGGAAAUUUAGAAAAUUCUCUCUUCAUAAGGAAUUUAGAAACAUGAAUGUUACUACAUAUUUGCUGUUUAAAUAAAGGAAAGGUUUAAUGUUUUAAAAAACAGUUUUAUAUUAAUUACUAAGCCCCUCUGUGAAGCACAUUAAAAUAAACAUUAUACUGCUGUGCUGAUGAAAUGAA